ACUCCGGGAUUAACGAAUGGCCCUCUCAAUGGUUUGUACUGUAUUCGAAUUGCCUCCUGAUGGCAAAAGACUACUUUUAUCUAAAAGAAGCUCCUCAACUGACUGAAAUGGCGCCCCGGCAUUAGUGUCCGUGUUUGGUGGUGUGCCGUGAGAUUUGCCUCAUCUCCAUCAAGCUUGGGAAACACUGCAUGACAUGGAUGUGACAGCGCACGCCAUUUAGUGGCAGCCAAGCCAAGCAAAGCAAAGCAAAGACUCCGCGUGCAUCCCAAUCGCAGAGCAGUCAAGUGAUUUGCGCCGGCGCCCAGUGCGCGUCGGGGAUGUUUCCUGAGGAAGGCGUGCGCCGAGCUGUCUUCACUGAGCAAAAACUGCGACAGCGCAGCAGCGCCGAUGGCGGCCGAACAUCCUCGCCCGCUCGCGUGGAUGAGCGCAACGCGGUGAGACGGCGACUGCGGCACGUGCGCUCUUCCGCCAGGACCGGGACCGGGACCGGGACGAGCCCCGCUGUAUCUCCGCAACUUCGCCCUUUUCACGGAACUUGAGCUCAAGUUACGCGGAAAGGGUUAGCACGCGCGCGCCAGCUAAGAGCUAAAGAGGUUGAACUAGUCCACAUAGGGAAGAGUGCAAUCCUUCAGUGCUGCUCAAGGGGGUUUCGAAAGUCCAUCAAUGAAUAAGAGUCCCUGGUUGCAGGCUCAAAAUGGAAAAGCACCCAUGCAGGGAGAAGAACAUUAACUCGUGCGGGGACCGGCAUGCCACCGAUGAGCCCGAGGACGGCAGCGGCUCGGAAAGCGACGCCGAGGAGCGGCGGCGCCAGAAGGCUCGGGUGAACGACGGCAGCUACGAUAAGUGGGAGCCCCUGGCGGUGAGCAAGCCCCACCGCCAACUGUGUCGUUCCCCGUGCCUCGACCAGCCCAGUUUUUCCCAGAGCAGCACGGUGCGAGAUUCCCGCGAGGAUGAGACCAGCGCGGGGCCGGCGAUCAAAGCGGCCAGUGAGAGGGCGUACCAGACAAAAAUGGACUUUGCCUUGAAGCUGGGCUACUCCGGAGAGCAGGUGGAGAUGGUGCUGAAUAAACUGGGGGCCGCUGCUCUCAUUAAUGACGUUCUUGCCGAGCUUGUGAGGCUGGGAAACAAAGUGGAGCCUGAAAGUCAACCUUGCAGCCCCGCAGCCACGUUGCUAUCGCUUAGCCCCUGUCUUAAAGAGACCGUUAGUCCUGAGGUGUCUAUGGAAGAAGAAUCCGUGGACCCUUUUGAUAACCUCCGGCCUAUUGUCAUCGAUGGAUCAAACGUGGCAAUGAGCCAUGGAAACAAAGAGGUUUUCUCUUGCCGCGGUAUCCAACUUGCUGUCGAAUGGUUCCGAGAAAAGGGCCACAAAGACGUUACUGUGUUUGUCCCAGCAUGGAGAAAGGAGCAGUCAAGGCCCGAUGCCCUCAUUACAGAUCAAGAAAUAUUACGCAAGCUAGAAAAAGAGAAGAUCCUGGUUUUCACCCCAUCUCGGAGGGUCCAAGGCAGAAGGGUGGUGUGCUAUGAUGAUCGCUUCAUAGUGAAGCUGGCUUAUGAUUCUGAUGGAAUUAUUGUGUCAAAUGACAACUACAGAGACUUGCAAAAUGAAAAACCAGAGUGGAAGAAGUUCAUCGAGGAACGUCUCCUCAUGUAUUCAUUCGUCAAUGACAAAUUUAUGCCACCUGAUGAUCCACUGGGAAGACAUGGUCCAAGCUUGGAAAAUUUCCUUCGCAAGCGUCCUGUUGUCCCAGAGCAUAAAAAACAACCAUGCCCCUACGGCAAAAAGUGCACAUAUGGACACAAGUGCAAAUACUACCAUCCGGAGCGCGUCAACCAACCGCUGCGGUCCGUGGCCGAUGAACUGCGGGCCUUCGCCAAACUGUCCGCGGUGAAGACGAUGAGCGAGGGGGCCUUAGCCAAAUGCGGCACUGGUCCGGCUGUUGCCAACAGGGACGGCAACUCUGAAGUCAAACGCGUGGCGCCCAAACGCCAGUCCGACCCGAGUAUCCGCUCAGUGGCCUGCGAGUCUCCGGAAAGUCUGUCCGUCGGGAGGAAGUCCGAGACGAAUUCCGUGCCUUCCCUUGUGACUGCUCUCAGCGUGCCCACCAUGCAGCCGGCCAAGAGCCACGCAGCUGGCGCCUUGAACACGCGAUCCGCGAGCAGCCCGGUGCCCGGUUGCUUGCAGUUCUCGCAUAGUUCGCUGGAGCACAUGUCCAGUGUGCAGUACCCUCCCAUUUUGGUCACCAAUAGUCACGGCGCUUCUGUCACGUAUAGCGAGCAGUUCCCAAAGUACGACUCGGUCAGCGACCACGGCUAUUAUUCGCUGCACAGUGAUUUUUCAAACAUGAGCAUGAGCAGUAUGCACAACGUGGACAGUUUCUGUAGCAUGGAGCAUGAGCACGUCGCGUGCCAGAGAAGUCGCAGCCACUGCGCCGAGUCCUGCCUGAGCCACUCCAACAGCGACUCGUUCUCCUCCUACGGCGACCCGUACCCGAGCUCCGUGGACGGGAGCCUCGAGGAGAGCAUGAAGGGCCAGCAGCAGGCGUCUCCCGCGACAGGGAGAAUGCAGACUUUCUCCCACGGCUUCCGGCACGAGGCGCUCACUCGGGUGCAGAGUUACGGGCCGGAGGAGCCCAAGCAGGGUCCGCGGAAGCAGCCCGCGCCUCAUCUGGCCCCGCACAUCCAGCACGUCGCGGCGGGGGCCAGGUCCAGCUGCCCCGGAGACUACCCGGUCGCCCAGAGCGUCCUGCCGCCGUUGUCCUCGCAGCCGACGCGCUCCCUAGGCAUGACCCGCAUGGACAGCAUCUCCGAUUCCAGGCUGUACGACAGCAACCCGAUGAGGCAGAGGCGACCGCCGCUGUGCCGUGAGCAGCACGCCAGCUGGGACCCUCUGCCGUGCGGCAACGAGUCUUACGGGUACCACUCGUACCCGCUGAGCGGCAGCCUGAUGCCGUGCUGCGAGCGGGUCAUGGUUCGCAGCAUGCCCGACAAAAUGGAGCAGAUUUGGAACUCGCCGUGGGAGAGCCCGCCUGCGGCCGAACACCAAGAACGGUACGUCAUCCCAGAACACCAAUAUCAAACAUAUCGGAACCUUUGCAACAUUUUUCCUGCAUAUGUGGUCCAUUCGGUGAUGGAGAAGCAUCCUCAUUUGACAGACCCCCAACAACUGGCAGCUGUCAUAGUCACAAAUUUGAGGUCUUGUCACUGAGGGCUCCCCUUUUCUUUUCUUUCUUUUUUCCUCCGGUGAUUACGGUGGAAAUUUAUGUCGUAGAGAGAUUUUGAUUGCAAAGACAGGCACUUGAUAAAUGUUGCCAAAUGUGCAACAUUUGCCCUCAGGAGUUUUUUUUUUUUUUUUUUUUUAAAUAUCCCCGGUCACAUCAACAUGACGACAUUAAGGCAACAGCAUAGAUCGAGUUUGUCUGCCCUUUCUUAAGUCCGCUUGUAAGAUGUUUCACAUAAAAGGCUCCACAUUUGUGGCGCCUUCCUAAAGGGAAACAACUUUAAUGUACGCGUUUCCACAACGCAUCUAUCAUACCUGACGAGGAGCCGAGUUUCCUUUCAUCAUUUGAAAUUGCAUAUGGAAAUGUCCAAUAGAAGGAAUGUUUCCAGCUGCUAUUGCAACGUGUCAGGCCACUUGGUUAACAAGUCAUUUUGACCUAAACAGAAAUGUGGCCCAGCAACGUCCCGCUCGGAUUCUUUUAACGAACGAUAUGAAUGGUUUUAACCAAAUAGCUUUACAAGACGUUCCUGUUUGGAUCAUGUUGAUGUGCUGUGAAAGGCAUUACAAACCUUUGUGGUGCCGUGCAACUAUCAAUAACUUUCUUGAGCUUUGCCUCAGCUGUAAAUAACUGGUGACUUUUGUUCCGUUUGUGCAUUUCUUUCUAAGAUGAGUAAGAGGGAGGUAUACACAUACCUCCAAGCAUGAACUAUGAUAUUUAAUGGCCUUAUAUCUGAAUGACCUCACGCUUUAGUCUUCUUCAAUGAAUGUCUUUGUCAUUGAAGCCUCCUACUUUCAAACGUAAAGCACUAUCUCAGUAUUGAAAGAGAUCUAUUUUCUCAAGUCUCACAAAGCUACUAUUUUGGUAGAAUUCGACAGUGCACAAAUCAAGCCAAAAAGAGAUUCGUCUUGUAGACAGGUGCACACGUCUAUAUCUAUGUACAUAGAAAUCACACAAAAGCCAUUAUUUCAGUCAUUUAUAAGCUGCUAAAUAAUGCCAAAAAACGGUCAUUAUUCUGACGUCACGUUACAUUUUGCUUCACAUAAAUUGGAAUUAUUUCUCAUUUCCAACAGUUUCAUCAUGUAUAUAUUUGUCAGAUUUGUUGUGAAAAUAGUAUUAUAUAAUGUAUACAAUAUGUAGCGCUUCCUAUGUAUUUUAGGCUUUUAGACAUAGCGUUCCAAGUUUUUUUUUUUAUUUUUUUUUUUUAAUUAGCUAUAUUUCUUCUCGUAUAAAUUUAAGGAGUACUCUCAAAUUUGGGUGUUCAAAAACCUACCUGUGUGCCAUCCCAAAUACAAUGUCAUCACAAUACCACUUGUACUAUACAUAUUAUUUAUUUAUUCCCAGACGACAUACAGUAUAUGAUAAUCUUUAAAAAAAAAAAAAAAAAAAAAAAAAAAGGCUCCUCUGAACUCUUUCAGGUUGUCAGUGGAGCUGUUUGUUGCUUAUUUUGUAUCAAAGACUACUUUUACACGCACUUAAAUGGACUGACGUGAGGCUGAGACACACGCAAGACGGUGGGCCACGGUGGGCCGGCUUUGAUUCCCGGUGGCCGUUGGCUUGAAGACAAUUCUUGAGGGAUUUCCAAGCCCACUUACAAUUUUCUCUUUAGUCAGUCGGUGCAAAUGCAUUGUUAAAAAGCUGCAAAGCAGUUGCUAAUGCAUGUACAGUGAACAUUGACCGAACGCUGAAACUGCAAUUUGGAUGAUCGCAGUUCAUUUACAGUAAAUAGAUUAUUGGAAACAGACAAUUGCCCUACUGUUUAAAUGUAGAGGAGAUGAAAAAUAAUGUUUCCCGUCAGAGUUUGCACACAGCUUUUUUGUUAUAUUUAGAUGGCUUGAUUAAAAAGCCGAUCGAUGAGUAUUGGGCCUGCACAGUUGAUAAAAAGAAGAGGUUGAAUAAUUGUAAAGAAAAAGAAAAAACAAAAAAAGAGGUGAAUGCAGGAAAGCAUGUUUAGUAUGAUGCUUGGCUUUUAUUGUGAGAGUGGAUGGCUCAAAUAGAGUUUGGCUGUGCCUUGCAGCAAAUUGCUCUCAGGGCGCUUUCACGUUUUCACUUCACUGGCCAAAAGCAGCGGUUACUUGGCAAAAAGCUAUUCUCUUCUAAUAACGAUAUAUUUUGUGAAAACUUGUACAUGUAAAUACAGUUGAAGUGUGAAAACUGCAUUGUAAGACUUUGUAUUUGAAUGUAUUUCCAAAUUAUGAUGCACCUUGAGUUGUUGAACAUUGGGCCUUUUGGGCGGCUUUACAUGCGCCGAUGUUAGCAUCCAAAGCUAAUCGCAAUCGUUACGCCGCGAGUGUGGGCCUCGUCAGAUUGAUAUCGCGCGUACAGCGGUUGGGUAGUAUAGUUUGAACUUCGGGGCUCAUUUUUGAAAUGAGGAUUGUCGUCAAAUUGUAUGAGAAUUGGGGCUUUUAAACUUGAAGGUGCCACUCUCCUCAUCUAAAGCCAGCCCGACUGCAAGGUGACGCUCUGAAUGCGUUGAAAGGGAAAUACCGCUUGAAUUGAAUCUGUAUGAUCGAUCACCUGACGGCGCAUCAAAAGCUGCAACUGACAUCUCAAACUCAAGUACAAGAUGCCCAAGUCUCACGCGGAUUUUCAAGUGCUAUUACUCCUUUAUAGGGAAUUUAUGUGAGCUUGAUUCUUUUUCUCAAUGGUAAUUCUUUAACGAUAUAGAUUUCUCGCCAAUGUUAGCCAAAACGAGUGUGUAUAAACCUCUAAAAAGGAAAAAAUUAAUGUGUAUAGCCCAAAUUAUUUUUUGGGGGCUUUGCUGACUUUUUUUUUUUGUUGUUGUUGUUUUUUUUUUUCAUGAAAAAGGACAAGGCCACUUUGAGGCCAGCUGUCUGUUCAUGAGAAGGUGAAAACAAACUGCCUAAAUGUUUCUUCAUAUGAAACAAUUAGAUUGCAAGGCUGCUGUCACGGUUGUUCCUGGCAUUUGGCUCAACGUUUGCGUGCCACACCCACCACUCCUCCCCACCUCGCGCUUUCAUUAUAAUGUCACUGAUAACAAGAAAAUGUAAAAAAAAAAAAAAAAAAAAAAACUAUCAUCAGUGUUUCAGAGACUGUAAAAACGCUGAGUUCAUUGCACUGAUGACCUUCAGACGACAUAAUCGAUCUCAAGUCGCAACACAGCUCAACUCAAAUGGAAGCAGAAUUAUUGUGUUGUAUUCAGCGAGGUCAGAUCUGUGGCACCUGAUGCAGUUUCAACUAAAUUAGCAUAUUUCCUCAUCUAGUAGCCCGGGACGCAUUUUUCAGAGAGUACCAGGUGUCUGUGUUGAGGAGAGCCCUUUUAUUUGCAUUAAUGGAUCGUAUGCGUUUUAUCAGUCAACAACUGAUGUAAUGAAUUUCUGGUACUAUAAAAUGCGUGACGACACUAGGGGCGAGCGACUAGAUUUGUUGUAGUCGACGCUAAUGUGAUGAAAGUCGAAUCGAAGUUGAUUAAUGGAUGACCUCAUUGAUAUUUUUGCAGCACAGUACAGAGUACAUUUCAGCAGACUGGCUAUAAAAAAAUAAAUAAAAUAAAAAAGUAAAAAUACAGCUCACCAUAAUGCUGAAUGUAGUUCUUUUAAUUAGCGGAAUCCCUGUGCAUGUUUUUUUCUCCAACGAUCCGGCUGGUGUCAUCUUGUGUUCCAUUGCGU